AUGGCCCGAGUCCUAACGCUCUCUCGCUCUGUUCUUCAUUGGAGCCCUCUACGGGUCAGAAGCAUGUGUUCAGUAGAAGAGCAAGCUCGUGCCAUCUUUGCUGCUGCUGUAGAGGGAGUGCAGCCGGACAGCGCAGUGCGCAGGGCUCUACAGCGUCGAGGCGAUGAGCUGGUCGUGGCUGAGCACUGUUUUGAGCUUCGUCAUAACCUGCAUCUGGUGGGUUUCGGGAAGGCUGUGCUGGGGAUGGCUGCUGAAGCGGAGAGGAUUGUGGGAGAUCACCUGGUUCGAGGGAUAGUUAGUGUGCCUCAUGGAAUUCAGGAAACACUGCAACAUCACAGGAAGCUGAAUAUGCUGCUAGACAGCAGCAGUAAAAUCAAAGUGAUGGAAGGAGCUAAACACAACCUGCCAGACACAGAUGCCCAAAGAUCAGCUGAGAGCAUCCGAGAAUUAGCAUGCAGCCUGACUGAGAGAGAUCUGCUGCUUGUCCUCAUAUCAGGUGGCGGCUCGGCUUUAUUACCUGCUCCAGUCCCUCCAGUAACGCUACAUGAAAAACAGGAAGUGACACGUCGUCUAGCAGCUGCAGGGGCCACGAUUCAGGAGUUAAACACAGUGAGGCGAGCUUUGUCACUGUUAAAAGGUGGAGGCCUGGCACAUUGCGCAUACCCUGCCCAGGUGGUGGGUCUGAUUCUGUCCGACAUCAUUGGAGAUCCAAUAGAUCUUAUAGCCAGUGGUCCAACAGUAUGGAGUGAGACAUCACUGGAGACAGUCUGGACCAUCCUGAACCGCUACAACCUCUCUGCCACUCUCCCAUUAUCUGUGAAAGAGGUUCUGAAUCAAACAGAUUCCCAACAGAGAAGCAGCCUGAAAGAUCAACCUCAGCAAAUCAACAUUCUCAACACUGUGAUUGGCUCCAACGCUAUUGCUCUGGAGUGUGCCAGCCGUAAAGCACAAGAGUUAGGCCUUCGACCAGUCAUUCUAUCUCCAGGGGUGUGUGGAAAUGUCCAAGCUGUGGCCCAAUUCUAUGGUCUGUUGUCUCACUUCGCCUGCUCCUCAGGGGAGGAGACUACAGAACUCAGAGAUCAGAUUCUCAAACUGGGGACAGAGGUUGGGGUGGGAAGCUGGGAACUUUGUCGCACAUUGAAAGAAUUGGAAGCGGGCCAGCAGGAAAGCUGGCAUGCCACAUGCUUGCUGGCUGGAGGUGAACCCACUGUCCAUCUACUGGGGAAAGGUAGAGGUGGAAGGAACCAAGAGCUAGCCCUAAGGGUGGGGCUAGAACUCAGCAGGGCAAAGGAAAGAAGCAGGAACAUGUUCCUCAGUGGUGGAACCGAUGGUCAGGAUGGACCAACUGAAGCAGCUGGAGCAGUUAGUGAUGGGAACAUAGAAACAGAGGCCAAAAUUCAAGGAUUGGACAUUGAUGGAUUUCUUCAGAACAAUGAUUCAUUUACAUUUUUCUCAUCCCUUUGCAAAGGACAGAAGUUGCUUCUGCCAGGGCUCACAGGUACCAAUGUAAUGGAUGUUCAUAUGCUGAUUCUGCCGCAUCACCACAGUAACUAAUCCACUUGUUAUGAGAUUUAAUAAGCUUAGGCAUAAAAGGUAGAUCUGUGUAUUAGGAGUGAGAGCAUCCAACAGGAUGUUCCUAGUGCCAUUAAGAUUAGAGGUUAUUUUCAUAAUUUGGUAAAUGUUACAUAUGAUUGUUUUAACAAUUAAUUCUGUAUAUAUAACAUAUUCAGUGUGUAACUGAUUUAAGAUAAAUUGUGAAUGUACUAAAUUCACCUACUAAAUGACCAGUAAACAACCAUCACAAAACAA